AUGUUUUCCAAGUUCAUCGAGAAGACCGUUGAGGUCAAGUCCCGCAUUCCUUUCGUGAAGGACAUUCAUAUGAACUUCAUCCUCCUUCAUUAUACCUACAUUAUUUGCAUGAGCUUCAUCGCCUCCAUCAUCAUCUAUCCUGGAACCAAGCUGGCGUAUAUCGAUGCCCUCUUCUUCUCCGCUGGCGCCGCAACCCAGAGCGGCUUGAAUACCGUUGAUUUCAAUCUGCUGCACACCUAUCAACAAGUCGUCUUGUACUUUGUCUCCCUGCUUACCACCCCGAUCUUCAUUCAUACCAUGUUGGUGUUCAUCCGUCUCUACUGGUUUGAAAAGCGUUUCCAGCAUGUCGCUCGCGACGCUCGCAACUUGCGCGCCACCCGAACCCGAAUGCGCACCGUCACAGAAGGCAAGGAGGAUGACGGUGAUAGCCGUGAUUAUGACAGGGAAGAGCGGGGGAUCACCAGCCAGCCUAUCGUUGUCUUGCGCAACGAAUCGGGUGAUGCUAUCCACAAAACGCCACAGGGCUCCCCGAUCAAAAACCAAACUCCCGAUGAUUCGGAUUCUACUCGCAGUCCUACCGAUACAAGACCGGUCAAUGGUGAGGAUAGUAAUAAUUCCAGUGACCGCGAGGACUCUGGACAGCGCACCCCCAGACUGGGUCUUGGGAGUUUGCGCGUCCCCUCCCAAGUGAGCCCCGACCAGCACAUCGCCUUCCUGGAGCACCAGCGGCAAAAUAAAGGAGCUCUGCGCAUUCCUAGUCCACGCGAAUACGAUCGCGGUGGCAUGCCUGAGGUGCUGGAAGAGGAAGACGGUGAUGGGGAAGAACUUGUAAAACAGACGAGUCGGGAGUUCAAUGAGGCUCGAGAGGCUGACGAUGAAGUCCCCCCAAUGGAGGGCCCGCACAUUACCAUCAACGAGCCGGAGAUUACGCGGACAAAAACCCGACAGUCUACCAUUCCUCGCAUGGAUACUCGUCCCACCGUCCGUGAGACCAAGGACACGAGCGAUGCCAGUCCCUUUGGUCGAGCCCGACGUGGCACAAUGAACAGUAUCGUUCGGUCCUUCACCCAAGAACGCGAUCGGCCAACUCUUCCGUAUCUCAGCUGGGAUGCCACUGUUGGCCGAAACUCCAACUUUGUCGAUCUGACCGAAGAACAACGUGACGAGCUGGGAGGCAUCGAGUAUCGUGCUCUGAAGACCCUGGCCGUUGUGCUGAUCGCCUACUAUGUUGGCUUCCAUCUUCUAGGCGUCGUCUGCAUGGUCCCCUGGAUUAUGCAUACCCAUUGGGGCUCUGUCGUUCAGGCUGCUGGCCAGGGCCGUCCAUGGUGGGGAAUCUUCACUUCAGCUUCGGCCUUUAACGACGUCGGCUUCACCCUGACUGCAGACUCGAUGAACUCGUUCCAAGGUGCCAUCUUCCCGCUGUUGCUUUUAGCCUUUCUCAUCAUUAUCGGCAAUACGGGGUUCCCGUGCAUGCUUCGGCUGAUUAUCUGGGUUUGCUCCCAGGUGGUUCCCGUUGAUAGUCCACUGUGGGAGGAGUUGAAAUUUCUGCUUGAUCACCCCCGGCGCUGCUUCACGCUUCUUUUCCCGCGCAAUGCCACCUGGUGGCUGUUUGCAAUCCUUAUUGCACUCAACGGCCUUGACUUGAUUUUCUUUAUCAUCCUAGACCUUAAUGAUUCAGCGGUAACCGCUCUGCCUGCUGGAAUCCGGGUUUUGGAUGGUCUGUUUCAGGCGGCCUGUACGAGAACGGCAGGUUUUGCGGUUGUGGGAAUCUCAGACUUGCAUCCGGCCGUCCAGGUGUCGUACAUGAUCAUGAUGUAUAUCUCCGUGUUCCCAAUUGCCAUUUCGAUGCGACGGACAAAUGUGUACGAAGAGAAAAGUCUUGGUGUUUAUCCCACGGAGCCUGAAGAUGAAGAGGAUGAAGACCAGCAGACCGCACCCACGUACAUCGGAGCUCACUUGCGGAAGCAGCUGAGUUUUGACUUGUGGUAUGUGUUUCUCGGGUUGUUCAUCAUCGCCAUCGUCGAAGGUGGUCGCCUGAAGGAUACAAAGGAGUACUCGUUCCAGCUUUGGUCGGUUCUGUUUGAGGUGGUCUCGGCAUAUGGUACUGUUGGACUGUCCAUGGGAUAUCCGGGCGUCAACACGUCAUUCGUGGGUGAAUUCCAAGUCAUCUCGAAGCUCGUGAUCAUUGCAAUGCAGGUCCGUGGACGGCAUCGUGGCCUGCCCUAUACUCUCGACCGUGCCAUCUUGCUACCAUCGGAAGCACUGAAUCAACAAGAAAUCGCGGAUGGCGAGCGGCGCAUGCGACGACGCGCGUCGAACCUCAGCGGCACGACGUCUAUGGACCGUCAGCAAUCUCAGACACGAACGGAGACUGGUCUGUCGACAGGCCUGGACACGCGGGAUCGUGAUUCGUAUAUGAAUGCCGACGCAGUUCUCCAUCGACAUGGCACCUUGCGAUCCCAACGAUCACAACGAUAA